CAUGUCAUGGAUGUUGCCUGGUGUGGAGUAUGUGGUGUCCAUACCUACGAUGUUAUGAUACCGGUAGCAGGACAAACAGUAUACCUGUAACGACGAGGUGUUUACCGAGAAGAAGCGACCAAUGAAAAUGUUAUCUUAGUAUAUUAAAUAGUAUCUAUUUGAUUUUAUGUGGUUGGCAGAUGUCGCUUAAUAGGUUGUCCAGUGCGGUGUAUCUGUUUUAAUGCGUUUUGACGCGACAGGAAUAUGGUUAUUUUUAUGUGAGAGAAGUAGGCCAACUGUAUGAGUCAGUUUUGGAUUGUUUAACAGUUACGACUUUUAGCUAUUUACUCAGAAAUAGGUUCAAGAGAACCAGCAUCAUAAACAUGUCUGAAAUUACAGAAACAGAGGAGGGUGUUUCUUCACGCUUCUUGGCGGAGACUGAACGGCCUUAUGGCUCGAUGGAGGAUGGUGACGAUGUUCCAGUAGACCAAGGUUGGGCCUGGGUGGUUUUAGCAGCCAGCACAGUCAUCAAUAUAAUAUACUCUGGAAUAUUGAAAUCAUUUGGGAUUUUCUUCAUCGAGAUACUCGAUGUUUAUGGUGGCACUGUGUCGACAACCUCUCUUAUAUCGGGACUCCAGUUCACUGUAUACUGUACAGCAAACCUACCCGUGCUGAUGAUUCUGCUGCGGUACCAGAGUGUGCGGACCUGUCAGCUCAUCGGUAUCAUCAUCAGUACAUUGGCCUACGCCCUCAGCAGUUUGACCUCCAGACUCGACAUCCUCAUCCUUUGUCAAAGCGUUCUUAAUGGAUUAAGUAUAGCACUAAUCGUUCCCACUGGCAUCGUUCAAGUGGGUAGAUAUUUCCGGAAACACAUAGGACUUGCUAACGGAGUUCUGAUGGCGGGAUUGUCCCUGGGUGGGCUCGUGAUGCCCUCAUUGAUCCAACUUAUUGUCCAAGAAUAUACGCUACACGGCGCUCUCCUUCUUACUUCCGCUAUUGUCUUAAAUGCACUUCCGGCUGCAGUUCUUCAACGCCCACCAGAAUUCUAUCGUCGACUGUACAAAAUAAAAUGGAAACAACGCCUUGCGACGAGUCAAGAAAUGAUAUCUUGUGAAUCAGAAAAUACGAACAAUGUUAACGAAAUGGAUUUAUUAGUUGGCACUAAAAACAAAAACAAAUUGGGAUAUCAAAUAUCUACCUCCGAGACCAAAUUAUCAACACUACACAGCAAAAGAGCGACCCGGCGAGAAAAGGAUGUAACGCUGACUUCAAAUUCAAUGCCAGAGUUACUACACUCGCAACAUCAAACACGUCACAAAAAGGACAUUCACUUCCAGAAAGUAACGGAUAUUAAUGAGUUUCGUCAUUUUUCAUCCAUGUCUGCUUUCGAAUGUGCAAGUGUUCCCAAUUUAUCUCUUUCACCCGAACGCAGAUCAAAGGAACAAGCAAAAUCUGACUUGGGAUCUGAGGAUUGGUUAACGGUUUCAUGUAUUCCUACAGUGAUUGCAAGCUGCAAAGAGAGUGGACGUAUUCUCCUGAAAAACAAGAUCUUUUUAAUCUUUGUUGCUUUUUAUACCACAGGGACAAUAAGUAACGAGACGGUAACUAUAUAUCUACCACCACACGCAAAGGAAACUGGCAUCGAAAGUUCGAACAUAGCAUGGCUCAUCUCGAUACAUUCAGUAUGUGAUUUUCUCGGACGGGUUUUAUGUGGAUAUCUAGCUGAUUUACGUUGGAUGAAAAAACACAAUCUGAUUUUAGUUUCACAAGUCGUUACGGCAUUGUUACCACAGUUUAUUUACUUGUACGAUACGUUUUUUAAACUUGCAAUUUUUGCAGCGCUUUUUGGUUUGAUGUCGGGUGUAGUGUUCGCGAUUAGCAGUCCGGUGCUUAAAGACAUUGUGAACGAGGAACACUUUGCAUCCGCCAUUGCUGUAGCCAUCUUUGUAAAGGGAGCUGUACUAGGUGGAAUGAUCCCUUUACUUGGAUAUCUACGUGACUUAACAGGUACAUACCACGUGACAUUCCAUUGUAUGGGAGCUACGUCAGUGUUGGCGGUGUGUGUACUGAUUCUGUUUGCCAUUGUCAUUUCGAAACAUUCUCCAUAACGGUUUAGUUUUCAUAAUUGUUAUAGGGCUCUUGGACAAAACGUUGCACCGUACAAUUGUAAUGAAAUUUAAAAACAAAAUCUAAUGCUAACAAUGUUAUACAACAUUGUUGUACAAAUUUAUUAUCUAUCUAUAAGAAUUUCAGGUUCAUGGAAAUAUAGGUCUGCUCGAUAUCACUACAUGAUCAUAAGAGGCGACUAAUUCUCCCUGCAGAUUUGGGUGUGGUUCCUUCCUUGCCGCCUAUUCAGUGAACAUUUAAGUGGUUUCUUCAAUGUUUCAUUAUAGGGCACGGAAAAAAGCCCCCAAUUCUGCGGGGCCCCCACAUUAGUCUCCUGUUACGACAUCUUUCCCCGUACCGGCAUGGAAACGCCUGAUGACCCUAACCCUAGUAAAGUAUUGCAAGUGAGUCGAGCCACCUGUGAUUUAAAUGUCCUUGGAAUAGGACACGGCAAAAAAAACGGAUAAAUUAUUAUUUUGUUCUGUUGGAAAUUGUUGCAAUAUAAUAAAUAAACCUUAAUGUGAUUUUUAAUUCCGUAAGAGUGAAGUGAUACGGCCUAAAAUAUCCGAAUAAUAAUAAUUCUUUGUUUGUUUUUGUUUGUUGUAGUAUAAUUAAAAUAAAACUCAACGUGAUAUUUAGCUCAGUAAGAGUAGAGCGAGAGAAACGACAAUGUCACUUUGAAAGAUGUUAAAAGAGCACCAUUUACUAAAGGGGUUCUACGGUUCAAGUGUGUAUGUGUUUAUAUAUAUAUAUUUACAUUUGGUGUGGCAAAGCCCUUCUAUAUUACUACUAAAGUACUGCCAAUAGCAGAAUCGUCGUAUGAGACUAUAACUGAAGUCUUUGCAGGGCGUAUGAAUACAUCUGACUUGCACAAUGUAAACAAACAUGGCUGCCAUACAUUGUCAAUUUACAGUUGUGGGAUCGCACAACGUUACAC